AUGGGACUUUGGAAUAUGAUUAAGCGUGAGUAUAAUGAUGAUUGUCUUGGUGUUUUAUCUGAUCAAAAUUGUAUCCACCUAUUAGGCAAAAAGAAGAAAAAUGCCGAGGAGGAAGUGGUUAUGGAGAGGUCAAUAUCGGAGGGAAAUGUGAUGGCCAUCUCAUCCGAAAAGAAAAAUUCAUUUCCGUUCGGGUUCUCACCACAAAAAUCAAAUAAGAAUCAUCAUCACUCCAAACAUCACCACUACAAAGAAAAAGCUGAAUUUUUUGCCGAUAAUUUAAUAACAGCAGAGACAAUCGAAGAUUUUUCAUCAAGCCCAGAAACAUCAAAACAUUUAUUUCUAAAUGAGAUUACUUCAUCUAAUGACAAUAUUUUACCUGACAACAGCAUUCUCACAAAGAUUGUUCGGAAUCGUGCUUCACCAAACUCCACGAUAAAUUCAACAUUGGAUAAUGAAAGUAUUUUGAGGCCACCCUCUCCAAAGCCAGCUGACACCACGAUCGAAGAGAGCAUUAUUGAACACAAAAAUUUUGAGGAUGAAGUGCGAAUUCAACCAGAAUCGUCAUUACUCAAUCAGAAACUUCCAUCUACUCAACAAAUAUCUGCUAAAACAAUUGAAAAUGAUGUGACAGAAAAAGCCAAAAAAGGCCAACGAAAAGCCAUCAACGAAACAGAAGUUAUUGAAAAUCAUAAAUUAUUGGAUUAUCAAUCUAAACCAGCAUUUGAAACAGAUGAAACUAAGGGAGAUGCUUUUAAGUCACCCACUACUGAACUUAGAUCAUCAACGCUGCUGCCCACAGAUGAACAAGAAUCUGAAAAUCCAAAUGUACAACAACCUCAAGCCUCCUUAAUGGAUGCAGUUAUCCCACCUUUUUCGUCAUCACAAGAAGAGACUAUUAAUACUCCAGAAGAGUGCCCAACAAAAGAAGCGCCAUUCCUCGAAGAAACAGUUCAAAGUCAUGUUGCUCAAUCAGAUCUUAACACAUUUCCAUCUCAAGAAUUAGCUCAACUAGAGCACAAGGAGUUUACCCGUUUUAUUGAGUCCGAGUUAUUAAAGCUUAAGGAUGAUCUUCAGACAGAUAAACGAAUAGGUGAUAGUGUCAACCAACAAAGAGUACCAUCUCCACUUCCAAAAGAAAAGACUCAAGGUCAUCCAAGCCACCCUCAGUCAUUGACACUAAACCUAGAUGCUAAAUACAAGUAUGCACGAAGAGCUCUACUAAGGCAAUACCUCAAGAACAAAAGUUUAGGGGAUAAAAUGGCUUUGGGCACUGUUAAUAACAGUUUGGAUCUAAACACGUCAUUAAAAUUGCAGAGAUUGGAAAAGGAAAAUAAGGAGCUAGAAAGGUUACAGGCGGCUAGAAAAAAGUAUGCUAAGGAUCUUGUCAAGCUAGAAAAAUUGGUGGAAAUAGCAACCAUAGAAAACGAAGUGGAGGCCUCUCAACAAAAAUCGCAUGUAGUGAUUGUUGAUAAGAAAAAGAAGGAUCAUAAGGGAGCCUUAUCGAAAGGGUACUCAGACAUUUUACAAAACAAGAUGGAAAUGAUGGGGAAAACCCUUGUCUCAUCCUCAGAUGAGUUAACUGACGCAGAUCCUGAAGUUUUAUUGAAACAAAUUAAUCUUCUCAAAUCUGAACGAGAAAAAUUCCAAGCAUUGGUCGAAAAGCAAAAAGAAACCAUACGAGUUCUAUCUGAAGAUUUAUUGACCGAUGUCGAAAUUGAUCCAAACGAAAAACAAAAGCUUGUAGAACAAGUGAUUACAAAUCACUCUUUACCAGAAUCACCAGCCGGCUCUUCUACGACUUCACACUCAUCAUCCACAACGCCCCAAAACGAUUUUAACCUUCCAUUAGUAUCUGAAGAUCAAGCUCCUUCUCUUCCCAUUGAUACGCCCCUCACCUCACCCAACUCGAAGCAUUCAGAACCAUCAGAACCACAACCACAAUCUCACUCAGAACCACCUCUUCACACGGACACUUGUUGUAAUCCUGCCUUAAAACCCAAAAAGAAAAAGUCCAAAAAGACUAAAAAGAAGUCGGCCACUAAGGAGAGCUCUGCAUCAUCCAAUCCUACUACAUCAGCAACAACAACAACCAUCAAGAUGGAAUCUCCUUCAUCUGCUUCUCCCGAACUGCCAAAAGAUUGUAACAAUGGAAGCAAUAACACCACUCACUCGGAAACAAAGAAGAGAUCCUUGUCUGCUCGAAAACACCAAGAAGAACGGCCUUCAUCGGCAUUGGGAAUUUCACGAAAGAACAUUUCAUCACCACUACCAUCAUCAUCACACGUUGGUGAGGAUAAGAACGACACUCGAAAAGUAUUAUACUCUGAACACUACUCUCCAUCAGUUUCAUGCUCUACUAGUAAUAAUAGAAGCACACGAAGACCCAUGUCUGCAAGUCGUUCAUCCUCUUCUGUAAAAUCAUCCUCCACCUUAAUUACUGCUGUGGCAUCACCAAACUCGGAAUCACUCUCUCGGAUUGCACAAGAUGCCACUAAAAAACGACGACCAUCAAGCGCUUGUGCCACUUCCUCUAGAUAUGAUAAGAUCAUUGAUCGUCUCUAUGAGGGUGGAAUUGAGAAGCAAAAUAAAUCGAGAGAAUGGGCCAGAACACAAAAGGAGCUCAAAGAAGCCAAGGAGUUGCAGGAAAUGAGGGAAAAACCUCAACUCAAUAGAAAGUCGAUUGAAAUUGUCAAUCGGAAGUAUCAAGCAGGAGAUUUUAUGGCCCCUUAUAGAGGUUCCUCUCCUCUCACUGAUUUUAAACCAUCCAGUCCAAGCUACAUGACCAUUUCAUCUGACGGAGUGAUCAUGCAAACACCAGUUUCACUUGAACGACCACGGAGCGGAGGUAGCAUUGAAGAGCUGAGACUACUACGACAAGAAUCAAUGAGGAGAAGAACACGUGAGUUCAAUAUCAUGAAAGAGAGUCUUGCUGAGUGCACCUUUACUCCAAAUAUUGGACGAAAAUCUUUAGAAAUUGUUUCUCAGCGUAAAACGAAAGAUGAACCAAUACACAACAAGUUAUUUGAGGAAGCUAAGGAAAAGGAAGCUCAAAAUGCAAAAAUCAGAGAAAUGGCCAAGAAAGUGCAGGAGGAACAGGAAGUUAAGGAAAUUCGAAAAUCAAAAACCUUUAAAAGUGCUGAAGAUGAAAAAGCAUUUAUCAAUCGAAUGCUUGAAGCAGAAAAAGCAAAAAAACAAAGAAUUGAACAGCUACGCAUGAAAUGUUUUGAGCAAGAUACAUUUAAACCUAAAACCAAUAAUUCCCAGCCAUUGCGAGAAGGUGACGUAUGUGAACAGCUUUACAAGCAAGGAUUGGAUAUACAAAAAAGAAAAGAGUUCAUGAGAGAGCAAUACGAGCAAUAUUUAGAAAAUAUACGAUCCAUGAAACACACAACCAAGGGAAGCACUAAGUAUAUUGAAGAAAUGAAAGAAAAAAGACUAUUUUCUUUAUUUAAUUUAUUUUGCAUUGAAUCAGAAUGCGAGGAGUCUGCAGAGGUAGAGAUUCAUAGGUUGCACGAAGUCAUAGAACCACUGCUUGACAAGUUUGGAGAGCCCUUAUCUCUAGUGAUACCACUACUGUCAGAAAGAUUUGGAGAUGAUGCAAUUAUCAAUUAUGACCAAUUUCGAACAUUUAUUGAAAGUCCAGAAAUUAACUUGGAUUUGGAAGAUAUAGCAGCUCAAGUGAAAUUACUUCAAAACCAGCUGACUCUUCAACUUGCAGUUGAAAAUCAAUUUAAUUUCAAGCCCAUCAUCAAUUCCACAUCGCGAAAACUUGAUCCGUAUGCUACUGGUUGCGAGACUUUAGAAGACCGAGUUGACAAUUUACUAUCUUUCAAAGAAUAUCGAUAUCAAAAACUAGAAAUAAUGCGAAAUAAUGCUAUUGAAAGAGAACUGGAAGAAUGCACAUUCAAACCAAAAAUUAACAAGUAA